AUGGAGGCGGUUGGGGCAGCCGCCAGCAUCAUAACGCUCGUUGAGAUAUCUGCGAAGUUGGGUCGGCUAUGUGUCGACUACAUCAGAAAGGUCCGGCGGUCGAAAGACGAAAUCAAAAGACUCGCGACGGAGAACGAUGCUCUCGCACAAAUCCUCAAACAGAUACAAGAUCUACUCAGCGAUGAUAUCAAGUCUGCGAGCGUCAGGCAUCAACUGGAUUCAUCCCAAAAGCUCCACAAGAACCUGACCAGCUGCGGGAAGAUGUUGCAAGAUUUGACGGCAAAGUUGGACCAAGAGCCGAACGCGAGCCGGUGGAAACGCUAUGUAGGGGCUCUCAAAUGGCCGCUCUCCAGUACAGAGGUGUCAGAGGCCAUUUCGGCGCUGCAUCGUUGGCGAGAGAUGUUCCAAACAGCAUUGUCGAUUGAUCAAGUCAACAUCGCUCGGCGGAUAGAAGAUGCCCUCGACAUUGCCAACCUUCCUUUUGCAAAGGGCGCGGCUUUUGACGACUACGACAAUGAGCUAGAGCCGCGCUGUCACCCAGAGACGAGAAUGGAUUUGCUUCGUCAGGUUGCCAGCUGGGCCGAUACCCCAGAGGGGAAAUGCGUUUUCUGGCUGUGCGGUCCUGCGGGGGCCGGAAAGUCCACCAUCUCCCAGACGGUUGCACACACCUUUGCGGAGAGAAACCAGCUGGGCGCAAGCUUUUUCUUUAACAAAACCCGAGAUGGGCGUAAUACGGCGAACCUCUUCGUCACGACAAUCGCGAGGCAGCUCGCACGGAGGGUCCCCAAGCUCAGGGAUCUCAUCCUAGCGGCCAUCCAAAAGGACCCUGACCUGCCCGGCAAGGCUCUUCGCACACAGUUCAGCAGUCUAGUGUUGGAGCCUCUGAAAAACUUCGAGCCUGAAGGGCUUCUGGUUCCCACGCUGGUCCUAGUCGUUGACGCUCUGGACGAAUGCGAAGCAGAGAACCUCACCGGAGCCGACACCCGUUGUGAACGAAGUCGUAUGAUUGUCAACAUUCUCGCAAGUAUGGCCUCCAUCAAAGGCUUCAACAUGCGCGUCUUCCUUACCAGCCGGCCGGAAGUCCCGAUCCGAUUAGGAUUCCGCGAUGAGGUUCCUCGGGAUUCGCACCAAAGCUUAGCCCUGCACAACAUACCUGAAUCAAUCAUCAAGCACGACAUCAGGGUUUUCCUGGAAAGCCAGCUCGAGCAGAUACGAUCUUCAUAUCAAAUACCCCAGGAGUGGCCGGGGGAGGAUGCUAUCGUGCGGCUCGUCGAGAUCUCCACGCCUUUAUUCAUAUAUGCGGCGACCAUUUGCAAGUUCAUCAACGACUCAAGUCGGCGAUUCAGCCCUCGAGCACAGCUGGAGGAGUUCAUGGAACGUAGCCAAGGUGCAUCUGAUAUCGAGACAACCUACAAGCCAGUCUUGGAACAAAUCCUGCGAGGACUGAACGAUGCCAGGCAAGAAUCCGAACUUGUACAAUUCCGCAGAGUUGUUGGAUCCAUCAUCCUGCUGGCAGACCCGCUUCCCCUUCGAUACUUGUCUCAGCUUCUCCAAACUGAUUCAGAAAAGGUCGUUUGUCACCUGAACAACCUCCAUUCCGUGCUGAACGUGCCCGAAGACACCGAGUCUGAUAGCCCCAUCAGUAUCUUCCACCUGUCGUUCAGAGAGUAUCUGCUGGCUAACCCCGGUGGGAAGAACCGGUUUUGGAUCGAAGAACAGUCCAAGCACACCGAACUGUUGGAUUGCUGCCUGGAAGUCAUGAGCAACAAACCCGACAAAGAGUUCUGCUUGAAAAACGACAUAUGUCAACUGAAUGAGCCUGGAGUUUAUCGAAAAUAUGUCCCAUCCGAGCACAUAAAGCGACACAUUCCUCGCCAUCUGGAGUACGCAUGCAUCUACUGGAUCCAUCACUUACACAGAAGCCACAAAACCGACCCCACGAAGGCCAAGGUGUAUGAUUUUCUCUCUCGCCACUUUGUUCAUUGGGUCGAGGCCAUGAGCUGGCUCGGCAAGAUUGAACAGGUCGUCGAAGAAGUCAUGGCGCUUCAAGAUCUCUUCUGCCCAGACACCGAUGCGGCCAGCUUUUUGAGAGACGCUUGGCGGUUCCUAAUUGAGCAUAAAGAUAUCAUCGACUUGGCGCCGGGUCAAAUUUACUCGUCCGCGCUACUCUUUUCCCCCGAGAACUCAGUCAUUAGGAACAUAUUUCGGUCCGAGAUCCCUGAAUGGGUUCUUAGAGCCCCUGGGGCGGCGUUGGACUGGAAUGCCACUUCACUGCCAAUCAAACGGUACCCCCAUGGGGUUCAAUCAAUCGCGUUCUCGCCGGACGGUGGCAUAGUGGCAGCGGCCACCGGGAAAGAGGUCGAUGUUUUGAGAGCAGUAUCUGGAACAGUUCUGGAAACAAUCAGCGAGUUCGAUGGCAGACCACGUUGUAUCGUCUUUAUUAGCAACACCAGGCUUGCUAUUGGUCUCCAGUCAGGUACCAUCAUCUUCUGGGACUUUGAGCAGGACCGCACAACGCCCGUACACCUAUCUGACUCUCCAGUCACUUAUCUUGCCGUUUCGGUAACAGGUCGGAUGGUCUCUGCGUUCAGAGAAGGCCUCGUUUGUCUCUUGGAUGAGGAUCACCAUGUCGUGCAUGACUGGCACACUGUCCGGUUUUCUCGCCCGAGUGAUUACCAUUCCCCAUUACUGGUUGAUGAUACAGUGGCUUCUUCCAUCUUUUACGGUGUGGCCAACUCGCCCGAUGGGAUAUUCAUUGCUCUCACCAGACUGGGCCAGCCUGACAAGAUUGAAGUAUGUGAUGCUGGCUCUGGAGUCCGAGUUCGAGAGAUAUCGGCACCCAACGGCUUCGUGUUCGGCAGUUUGGCAAUUUCGCCCAAGAACCUACUACUGGCGGUCGUUGGCGUGGUCAAAAAAUCGGCGUAUUCGGAUUGGCUGGAUGUGAAUUGGAGAGGUGCAUACGCAUGGGACUUGGACCGACCGAGUAAUUCUCCGACAAGUCAUCUGGACGUGUCUCUGGGUCAUUUCCAGAGACCAGUCUUCAACAAGAACGAGAUGCUGACAAUGACUGACGAAACAAACGGGUUAUGCCUUUGGAACGGUCUACGCGAUUCACCCCAGUUGAUAGCCAAUUCCAACGGCAUGUCCGAUCCCUGUUGGUCUCCAGAUGGCAAACAAAUACUCCUCAUCAACCCAACCGGAAACGAAGUACAAAUUGUCGACAUAGACCAUCUUGAAAACGCUAGCCAACAAGAUACAUCAGAGCACAGUGUAGAUGCACUGUUUACUUCUGAUUUAAUGCAACUGGUUUCUUCGCCUGAUGGCAACCGGGUCGCUGUGGUUUGGGGACAUGGCAGACUCAAGGUGUGGGACAUCAACACUAGCAAUGGGACAGACUUCACGCUUUGUCUUUGCGUGAAUCCGAAGCCGUUGUUAAUCCAACAUUAUCGGGGCAUCGCAGUCGACUGGAGUCCAGACAGCAGGUUCGUUGCCGUCGCGUUGCCAGGGGAAUUGACGAUUUACCAGAGCUUGCCAUCGUCAAGCCAAUUCGAACAAACGCACAGUCGUGGCUGCGACCAACCGGCUGACUUUCGCCAGAGUUGCCUAUCAUUCUCUCCGUGCGGUAGCCACCUUGCCAUGGGCGAAAUUUACAGAAAGCCUCGGAUUACGCUUUGGGAUUUCCCUUCGCUUCAAGUCCGCUGGGUGCGGGAUGUGGAGGUCGAGGGGAGCGAGUACGGAUACGACAUGGAGCUGCGUAUUGCGCCCGGUGGGAAACAUUUGGUCUUCCUCCUCUGGUCAACUCUCCAACUCAUGGACCUGGACUCGGGCGCGGUCAUGUGGACCAAGAGGUCUGAUGGGAGUCAUUUCCGUAAUGUUUCCAUGGCGCUCAACUCGGUCGGAUCGAUGAUUGCAGUUUUUGCCACCAACUUGUUACGCCACAAUGUUGACGAUGACAGCAAUAACGACGAUGCCGGAUGGUACCAAUUUGAUCUCUUUGCUGCGGAGGGUGGGAGGCUUCUCAAACAAUUGGUACUAACAAAGUCUCGUCUAGAAUUUCCCUUCCGCUAUUUCUUCAUGUCAUUUGCUGGUCAGGAUAAAUUCGUCGUGGUUAACGAGCAUUUGUUCGACGUGACCAACGCCAACGUCAGUUCCCAAGAUGGCGGUUGCGACGCCAUAAUCAAACGCGCAUGUCAAGUCUCAUGUGGCUACCAUCGGGACCACAUAGACAUCUGGAUAGUAAAAGACGGUCGCGGACUGCUGCAUGUACCAACUUAUUGCACCAAAGGAGGGCCGGACAAGAAUUGGAUCUUCCACCCGCACCGAUACAUCGGCUUCGACGAGAGAAGAAAACAGCCGUUCGUCAUUGAGUUGGCCUGCGACAAUUGCAUGUUCGAGGACGGAUCGGACAAAAGCUAG